AUGACGGAAAUUAUCGAUAGAUAUUUAAACCAGCUCAAUAAUUGCUCGAAACCAAGCUCGUCAAACAGAGGCAACGAAGCAGCAGACAUCUGCAGCGAUUUACGUGCAUAUUGCAUUGAAAAUAUCACUGAGACUCAAAUUGGUGAGUUGGCGCGUUCGAAUGAUUUUAGACUUUAAUUGUCAAAUUCUAGCUUAAAUAUGACAUAGCUUUUCUCAAUAUAUGUAAAGUAGCUAAAAUUUCUUUACUAAAACAUUUAACUGUGUUUGUUUUAAUAGGAAGACAGGAAUAUAUACCCUCCAAUUAGCUGCAAACGUGCAAAAUAUAAAUGCCCAAACUUAUUUUGAUAUUUCGAUCCUUGGAUGUUUAAUAACUUUUUCAUACCUUUGUCUGAGACAGAGUAAAAUAUAAAGUCUGAUGCAUUUGGGUGUGUUGCAGCUUAAUGAGUUAAUCACACUGUCAGAUACCAAGUUUAUGAACAUCACCCACAAUGAAUUCCUGUAAAGUCAACUCCAGAUGAUAUUACUUGCCAAGGGGAGAGUACUGGUACUUGAUGGGUUAAACUAUAAUCACUUUCCUAUCUAGCAUACUGCUCAUCCCUGCUUUUCAAUCAAGAUGGUGGCAUACUAACCUUUGCCAAAGCAGUCGUAUUGGUUGAUGAGGUAUUUGACUGUUCCUACUUUGACAGUACAUUGUAUUGUAUAUUUAUAGGAUUUGUACAAAACUUGAAAGUCCUUGAAAUGUGCUUGAAUUUGAAAACAAAAAUUGAAGGUCUGGAAUGUCCUUGAAUUUGUGUAAAAGUACAGUACAGCCCUAAUGAAAGUUAACCAUUCUCGCUCGAUGCUAUCGAGGAAAAUGUUUUGAGUAUCGAGAUCUCGAAACCCACUCGAUAAAAAUUCUCGCUCACUCGAUAGGCUUCUCGAUACACAAGAAUUUUGCGAGAAAUCUCGAUGCAAAGAUUCACGAGAAUUCUCGCAGUGCUAUACUGCGUGUAAAAUUUUUCGCAUACGUAAAUAAUCUGCAACUACUGGUAGAAGUAACGUUGCUUCGCAAGUCCGUGCGAAAACACGGGGUAAACUGAAAUUAACAAUACAGAGUCAAUUCUUGACUGAUCUUUAAGGACAACAUUAAAAUCCAGAAACAUUAAAAUCCACAAUCAAUAUUUUGAAAUAAAGACGAAAUACAAUCUACAAAAAUAAGUAUUAUUUUACCUCCAAAAGAUAUCAACUUCGCUUUCCAUGCCUUUUAAUGCAGUAUCGCUUAGACGUCACUUCCUUUGACCGCGAUGAUAUGACUACUUUAUUUGCGUUCAGUAACUUCUCACGCGACACCACUAACAGUGUCUUAUCAGCGUAAAAGUAAAACUUCGUCAAGUUUCUUGAAGACAUCGCGUUCUUAUUUCUAUUUCUAUAAUAUCUCUCAGAGCAGGCUCACCGACAGAGAUCAAAACAGUAAUGAGCCUAGUAAGACGCUUCAGAUCUCAGUAUAAUUAUAAAUCAGACAGCAUGUUUUUCACUGACAUCAUCUGUAACGCUCUUUUGUUUUCGAUAAUCCAUACGAGACAAUAAGUUGUCGGUGGAGUUCCUGUUAUUGUGGUUGUAAAGAUUGUGCAUGAAUAUAGCUAUCGGUUUCUAAAUGCAAUCAAUCGAAGCGAACUAACAUUAUUUAUAGCCUAAGGCUAUAAUUAUAUAGAUUGUUUUGGUGUAUAUGAGUCACACCGUAAAAUUUUGGAAAUAGUUUAUUUCUAACGAUAACGAGUAUGUUGAGCCGCUAAUUCUAAUAAAGUAUAUAAUAGAAAGAGAGUGUUUUUUACCUACACUAACAUGUAACACUUCGAAUAAACAGACGCUGACUUAACCAGGGAAUUUUGUUUAUCUUGAGGUUUUGUAAAGAUGAGUAACAAAAUAAUAUAACCGCUAUCACCCUAUCAUAGUUAUAUUUUUAGGGAACUGGUAAAUAUAUGUCAAAAUACGUGACGUUUUCCAUGCAAGGAAACAGCAAUUAUCCUAUAUUUCGCCACAUGUUGGUCAAACUCUCGCUCGAUUUCGCACGAUACAAACAAUUUUCGAGAACCCUCGCUCGAUAUCUAAUUAAAGUCUUUGAGAACACUCGCUCGAUAUUAAAAAUUUUUGAGAACACUCGCUCGCUUCACGCUCGCGUACUCGCAACUCGCAGAUUUCUCGUUAGGGGUCAAAUCGCGCUCGAUAGCCUUUCGCUCGAACUUGCAACUCGCUCGUUACACGAUGUUAACUUUCAUUAGGGCUGUACUGUACUUGAAUUGCUAACAUUUUUCUUGCUUUAGUUUUUGGAUAUUUUCUGUUUGACAUUCAAAACAGACAUUUUGCAUGUUCAUAUCUGACAAAGCUCUUUGAAACUCAUUAAAGUUGUGUUUUGAACAAUUCAAUGUCACAUUUUACUGAUUUCUAACGUCUUCUGUUCAGUAUUUAGUUUGUGAAUUUGCCGAUAUAUGGCCUUGAAUGUCCUUGAACUUAAAGCCCUUGAAUUUGACUCUUCCUGACAUGUACAGUACCAAUCCUGUAUUGUGUUAUAAAAAUAUACAGACCUUUAUUUGUAAGUUGAAUUUUUUAAAAUAGUUUGCAAAAUGCAAAGAAAUCAUUCUAUCAUUCCUUGCUGAAUACAUUGCAAAAGUAAAAACAAGGAUUUCACCAUAUGCAACUGAUAUAAAGGUAGGUUUUGUAUUGGUUUGCUGCUGUUGGUCAAAGAUAGAUCAUUCUUUUGUUAAUUGGGAGAAAAUAUUUCAUUUAUAAUGACUACUGUUUAUGCAAAAUUUAUUUAGGAUAUAUGUUUGAAAUUGUUCUCCAGCGAUAAGAAUAGCAGAGUAAAGAAUGAGACAUUCCAAGUAUUACUUCAAGUAUGUAGAGUUCAUACAUGUAUUAGAGAUGUGUGCCUGUAUUAGAGAGGUGCGCCUGUAUUAGAGAGGUGUGUCUGUAUUAGAGGGGUGUGCCUAUAUUAGAGGGGUGUGCCUGUAUUAGAGGGGUGUCCCUAUUAGAGAGGUAUCUAUAUUGGAGAGGUUUCUUUAUUAGAGAGGUGUGUGUGUGUGUAUAUUGGAGAGGUGUGUCUGUAUCAGAGUUGUGUCCAUAUCAGAGAGUUGUCUGUAUUAGAGAGGUUUGUCUGCAUUAGAGUGGUGUGUCUGCAUUAGAGAGAUGUGUCUGCAUUAGAUAGAUGUGUCUAUAUUAGAGAGGUGUGUCUAUAUUAGAGAGGUGUGUCCGUAUUUAGAGGUGUGUUCAUAUUAGAGGUACCUGUAUUAGAGGUGUGUCUGUAUUAGAGAGAUGUGUCUGUAUUAGAGAGGUAUCUAAUUAGAUAUGUGUGUCUGUAUUUGAGAGGUGUUUGUAUUAGAGAGAUGUGUCUGUAUUGGAGAGGUGUUCAUAUUAGGGGGUAUUUAUAUGAGAGAGGUGUUUGUAUUAGGGAGUUGUCCAUAUUUGAGAGGUCUUUGUAAUAGAGAAAUGUCCAAAUUAGAGCUAACAAUUAUCGACCCAUGGUUGGUUAUAUGUUAUAUAGUUUCUUGUUUAUAUUAUUGUUUUACAAUUUAUCAUUUAAAAAACAAUACUUUUAUUUGUUUAACAGUUGCUUGAAUUGAAGUUUGAUGCCACAAUUGUUGAAAAACUCAAUGUUGAAAAUAUUGUAGAAAAGUAUCCUUUUUAAGCAGUUUAAUAUUAUAAGUUUCAGUGUACUAUCUGGUAUAUGUAGCCUUUUUCUGAAUUUAACCCUGUGUACUGUACUGUACUGUACUGUAAUUUCUGUUUGCAUUUUCCUUAAAAAAUUGAAGAUAUUUUUCAGCAUGUUGUCAGCCAACAAAACAUACAUCAACAGGUACAUACAUCUCAAACUCAUUAAUAAUUCAUGAGUAAAUUAGCCAACCAUAUUGCUUUAUUUUGCUCACAUGAUAUUACUGAAGUAUUGUAUAUUGAUUAAUCCAGUUGUAGGACUGGAUCAAAAUUAAUUCACUUCACUUUAAGUAGUGAUUUAUUCGUAUGAGAUGUCAUUUCAAAUCCUUCAAUUCAGACUGGACUAGAUUUCAAGUCCUCCCAUUUUGAUCCAGUCCUUGGCUUUGCCUCGGACUUGAUCAAAUUGCACGGACUUGACAUGAAUUCUAGUCCAGUUCUCAUAGUCGGAUUUGAAAUAUUACAUAAGAUAUUGAAUUAGAUUCCUAAACCCAUUGAAUGCCAGCACUCUUCCCUUGCCAAGUAAAAUAAUAAAGUAGGGUGCAUUAGGGCACAAUGUAACUUACUGAGUUAACUAGACACGUGGGCAGAUAGUUUGAUGAACCUGAUGAGUACUACACAUGCAAAAAUCGCACAUCUUGUAGCGAGUCUGCCAACAAGCCGUCAACAAGUUGUGUUCACACUGCUUGUCCCAAGUUGUCAACAAAGUUGGAACAAGCUGUUAAACAACUUGUAACAACUUUGUUGAUAUUAUCAGACUUAAGUUCUUUGAAUGUUUGCAUGGCGAUAAAAUAUGAUUGUUUUUGUUUGUGGAAACACCACGUAAAUUUAUUACUGCAAAGCUUUCAAAGCAAAGCAAAGCUUUUUUUAUUAUCAGACUUGUUGCAAGGUUGUUCCAACAAGUCAGAUACAGUCAUGAUAUAACAAUAUUGUUACAACCUUGUGUUGUCAACCUUGUAACAUUCUUGUUAUAUCAUGACUGUAUCAGACUUGUUAGAACAUCCUUGUAACAAGUCUGAUAAUGCCAUCAAGCUUGUUACAAGUUGUUAACAGCUUGUUCCAAACUUGUUACAACAACUGGGAACAAGCAGUGCGAACACAACUUGUUGACAGCUUGUGAACAGAUUUGUAACAACUUGUUUGCAGACCUGUAACAUAGCACUGUUUCCUUGACAAGUAAAAUUGUCUGGCAUUAAUUAAACAGAAUAAAUAAUAAAGUACAUUAGGAUUAAAGGGUUAAGUAAAAUAUCUGCUGUAAAAUUGUUUAAUCCAAUAGUGGGAAAUCUUUGAAAUUAUGUGAAUAAAAUAUUUAUGGUCAAGGCUACAAUUGUUAGGUUUCACCUUCAAACACAGAAUAUUCUAUGAAAUUGUAUGCUUCACUUUCAAGCUGUGUUUCAUUCCACUGUUUUCAGUGAAAUAUGGCAUCUACUCCUUGCUUGGAACAUUGGCUGAAUUCUUCCCAGAGAUCAUGGUAACACGAGCUGAUAGGCUGGUGCAGAUCUAUGUUGGGGUUCUUAAAGCUGAGGUACAUAUUACACAAAUUGAGAACCUUAAUUUACAUAUUUAAUUAAAUAUUUAAUGUCAUAGCCGAGCUUCACUCUAAAAGCGAAAAUUUAUCUGACGGCACCGCAUUCAAAACAUGAUGAUUCUUAUAUUUUAAGUUUAUGAAUAAUUUUGCAACACAAUAUCUCAGAAAUGUGUUUACCGUGAGGGAUGGUGGUAAAAACCCUAGAAAAGUUAACAACUUAACAAAAUUGUCAUUCUAAAUUAAGAGUUAGCAAAAUACUACUGCUAACUUCACUUGUAUACGUAAUGUAAGACCAACUAUAGUUAGCAUGCAUUGCCUCAUCAAUUAUCCGAGGGUAAAUAAUAUGUACUGUACUGUAUGUAGACUAUUUAUGCACUGAUUUCGACAUGGUUUAUUGAUCUUUAUUUUGUUACAAGAUUAUUCGAAACACAAUCUCUCCCCUUUCAAGAGGCUUUAUCUCUUUUACAGACGUUAUAAUGCAUCUACUUGUGUCGUUGUAAGCAAAGCUUCCGUCUUUUUCACAUUUCGACACACUGAGUGAAAUAGUAAUUUAGUUUGGUGAAAUGCCGCGAACAUAGGUAACAUAACACCACCGCGAUUAAAAAUGCUAGAUGCGCGACCAAGAUUAUAUAUAAUCAUUUGGAGACGUAUAUAAUAAUUUGGAGACGUUAUUUAUCUGAUAAAUGUUUACAAUUAUUGCCAGAAUUUAAGUUGAUUGCCGUAUUCCAGGAUUCUAGUGUUGCUCUGUGUCGGCAUUUUGCCUUGCCUUCUCAAUUAUUUUUUUUUGUCAAUUAUCUAUUUAUCUUGUCUUAUUCAACGUCGGUUUGGUAGUCGUUUGUCAAGCAUGUUUGGCUAUGUUUAAACCAGUUUUGCACUGCUUACCUUAAAUACAAUUUGUUCUUUCGCAAUUUAUAUUUAGGGUUUCAGCGGCGCAAUGACGCAGUUUAUUCAUAAUGCGACAUUGUGACGUAGUUAGUAUUCGUAGAAAGCCAAUGAUAUAACGACACAUCACCAGAGUAUUGUUUUUCAUUACGAGCAGCAACGAGACAAGCCACAAGUACAAUCUGUCUUUCUAACAACGAUAUAAAAAACAUAUCAAACGUUUUCCUCAGUUUACUUGGAUGAGAAAUGGCGAGGAGAGAUUCCUUUGGUGGCUAUGAAGAGGAGAGAUUUAAAGACAAAGUAGACAUUAAAUUACAGUGCUCGAUUUGUCUCAAGGUCUUAAAAGAUCCAGUACAAUGCCCGAAUGAGCAUUACUUCUGCGGCUCGUGUAUUCGAAAGUGUUUGCGCGAAAACGCUGAAACUUGCCCGAUGUGUCAACACCCUCUGACGGAAGAAUCUUUGACCAAACCACCGAGAAUUUUGACGGAUUUCUUGCAGAAUCUCAUGAUUCGUUGUGAUCACGAAAACCGUGGCUGCCCAGAGUUGACCAGGCUUGAAUUUCUUGAUCGACAUGCCAACAGCUGUGGUUAUUCACCAACGUGUUGCACAAACGCUGAUUGUGCAGAAGUCAUGAACCUACACGAGAAAGAACGACACGAACGUGAACAGUGUCAGUUUCGUAAGAUCGUUUGCGACGAGUGUGGAGAACAAGUAAUAUGGAAGUCAAGUCGUGUACACCCGUGCUUCAUGCGAAAAGAAAUGGACGAUUUAGCGAGAAGAUUGAACGUUGUUCAGAAUAAUAUGAGGGAAUUUCAGAAUGAUGUGAGGGACGUCAAGGAUGAAGUAAAGCAAGUGAAGCUGACUCAAGAGGAAAUGGCAUGCAUUACAAAAGAAGCAACUGAGAGAAGUGAAUGGUUCACUGGUAAACAGAAGAUUUUCGUUUGUGGAGGGACUGAUGGCAAGACUAGUCUUAAUUCCGUAGAGUCAUACAGCUGGCCAGAGAAUUCCUGGACAUUGGAACCAGCAAUGAAGGAGGUAAGAUCAAGCCCUUCAGCAUUUGUCCAUGGUCGUGAAAUAUAUGUCAGUGGCGGAUGGACUGGGACCAAGAGCACUGACAGUGUUGAAAGUUUCAAUGUUGACAAGGGAAAUUUAGAAUGGGUAGAGUCUCCUGUCAAGAUGCCAUUGAAGUGUCGUGGACACAAAAUGGUUUGUCACGAGAACAGUGCGAUUUUAACUGGUGGACUUAGUGACGGUGACAAUGUUUCAGAUGGGAUUUAUGAAAUCAGUCUAGAUCCGCCACAUAAUUCGAAAUUAUUGACCCAGAUCCCAGUGCCAAGAUGUCUUCAUGGUUGUGAGAUCGUGGACAACCAGGUGAUGGUGGCUGGAGGAAUGACAUCAAACAACUACAAAGACGCUAAAAACACUGUGUACGUAUAUGACCUGAACAAUAAUGAAUGUAAAACCUUACCACCACUGCCAUUUCCUAUUGCUAGUAUGGCUACUGUUAGUUAUGAAGGUAAUGUAAUUUUGAUUGGAGGUGUUAAUGAGAAAGUUCAAACAUUAAACAGUGUAGUAAUGUAUGAUGUGAAAACAGGAAAAAUUAAAAUGUUACCUUGCCUUAAUCAUAAAAGAGCAUUAUGUGCUGCAGUUACCACUGGUAAUGUUGUUAUAGUCAUGGGCGGGUAUGAUUAUGAAAGUAAAACAUGUCUCAAUUCAGUAGAGUAUUUAGAUUCAAGAACCAAUGUAUGGAGAGAACUGUCGCCAAUGACGAGAAAACGAAGUGCACCAACUGCAGUUUUGAAACCAAUCUGUUAGAAUAUUCAAUGGAACUGUUAGGACAUAACUGUUUAAAAACAUUCAUAUUAAUUUAAAUAAUUCAAGUACCACAAUUAGUAUGUCAAUAUGGUAAUUAUGUAGAUUAGAAUUUGUUCAAUUUAUAUACCAUAUAAUCCACUUAAUAGUAAGUUAGUAUAUGUUGAUAGAGAUGAAAUACAAUCUGUAUAAAUUUAGGAAAUACUGUGUAAAUUUACUAAACAUCACAGACUAAUUAUUUUAUGCGUUCUAAUUCUUAAAAGAGGCUCAGGUAUAAAUGACAGGGAGUUACUUUUAUAUGGCUGAAGUAUGAUCCUUCCCCCAAAUAAAACUCACCCCUGUCAUUUAUACCUGAGCCUCUUUUAAGAAUUCGUCAGUGGAGGGGGCCAUCAAGAAAAAGAGACCUGACUAGGUGGUGAACUGAAAAACUACGAAUUUGUAGGUGGGGCUGGGGGCUCACUCCAAGAACAUUUUUGUAUUUUGAGCCUCUGGGGGCUAAUUGUUGGACACAACUUCGUGAUUCUUCAUCCACAAGACAAAGGUCUAGUCUGGAAAUACUAAAACACUCUUCUUACUUAACUAGGUUAUUCUUCCCUUUUUUGCUUAUAUUUUAGAAAGAAGGGACUUCCAAGGGAGGGACAUAGUUCCAGGGUCUUAGCUAGAGGGCCGUGUUGGCCGUGUUAUCGCGGCCAAAAGUGGGAAAACACGGCUAUAUAAGAUGAACGCGGCUUCACUUUUCAUAUAAGGCCGUGUAGGUUCAUAAAAUAAGGUGGUGCUACUUAGAACAGACAGAAUUUCUUCCUAUUUACGUCGUAAAAAAGUUUGUAAAAUCUACUGUUGUUGUUGAAUUGGCAAAAGUGAUCUGUGAUAUUUUAAUAUUUUGAUGGAUAAUGGGAACUGUAUGGUGUUAAAAUGGUUUUUGAAUACCCCCAAGAGUUGCUGAAAUAUGAGCGUAUGUUCGCCUUGUAUUUGGUUGCAAAGCGUAGAACAACCACAGGCAUUGUUGUUGGCGAGCAUAACUAGAACCGUGAUUUUGCUAUUCAAGGUAAUUCACAUGUGUACACCCUGGUCAUUAGAAACACGCCCAAGAUCUAAAAUCCUAGCUAAGACCAUGCAUAGUUCACUGGAGGGUCUAGCGCGUUUUGACUAACAAUUACGUAAUUUGUUUCCCAAGUAAUAUUACGUAAUUUUACUAAACAUUCGUAAGGCUCUGCGGAGGAGAGUGACCAUAUGCUCUGUAGAUGAAGAUGAUAGCAAACAUCUCCCACUCAGAAAACAUGAUUCAAGUAUUUCAAAAUACCGCCCGGGCGACUUAACUUAUAAAUGACCGCAAAUCGGGGAUGGAUUUACGGUGGGGGGUGCGCACUCCCCCUAGCUCUGGCCAGGGGGGGGUGCUAUUUUUCAUGAUAAAGCAAAAAAAUAUUAGAGACAAAAUGAGAUACAGCAAUUUGAGUGAUAAGAUGAUGAUAAGCGAACUGUGAACAACAAUUAAAAUUCAAAUACAAUAUUAGUCAAGCAAGACUAGCGACGACUAGUGCUUUGCUGCCUGCAGUCGUUUGAACAUAAGGUUAGAUACUUAGUCACUUAGAUAUUUCAUAUUUAUGUGAUUUAGUGAUUGUGACCGUGACUAGACUAUCAGCUUAACUAAUAACUAGUAUUAACUUCUCCCUUUCCCUCAGUACUCUGUAACUCUGUGUGUCACUUGUACCGCGCAUGGAGGUUGUUUUGCCAAAUUGUCAUACUGCUUUAUGUUGAUAGGCGGGGCUGCACACAUGACCGACACAACUCCAGUCACUCGACACUAGAGCCGGCAGAACACCCCACCAGAUUAUGCUAGGUCCAUCCCUGCCUAAAAUAACUAAUCCUGUUCACUUCAGAUGAAGAAGCCAAGCAAACCUGACAUGCCUGUUAUUGCGGGAUGUCUUAGAGGACUGGGAUCUACUCUGGUUAAUUUUACUCAAGCGGUUGACGAAGGUACUACAGUGUACAUCUUCUUCUAAGAAAAAUUUCCACGGACAGAAAAUUUUCCGGAAAUAUCAUUGUUAAAAGUUGAAAAUUCUCAACUUCAAAUUUUGUUCCCGACGGAAAAUUUGUGUUGACCGAUCAUAUUUUACAAAAUUUUCUUUGUGCGGAAAAUUUUUUAUAGUGGAAAAUAGACUUCUAGAACAUCUUUGAAACAUGUUUGAAACGUAUUGUGGAACGUAAUAGACAGUUCCUAUUAUAGACUAAUUUUAAAACUAGGCAAGGAGAUGCAAGUAAAUCAUUAUAGCUAGAAAGAGCAUGCUAAAAACAGUCAAAUUGCAAAGUUUGGUUGCGAAGUGUUGUAAAAUGAGGAAAAUAUAGCCUUGCAAAGUUUGCAGAUUUUGUAUACUUUUGUACUGCGUGCGGAAAUUGCUACCAUUUUCGGCCCAAAUGUGCAGGUAGCAAUUUCCGCACGCAAUACAAAAGCAUACAAAAUUUGCGAACAAGGCUAUAUAUUUUCCGCAUUUUUUACAACAUUUCGCAACCAAACUUUGCAAUUUUACUAAUUUUAGUAUGCUCUUUCGGGGAAUAUACUUUUUUGCCAAGAUAAAAAAUAGUCUAUAAUGGAAAAUGUCUAUUGGAACGCGAACGCAUUGUCAGGUUACAUCUUCUUGAAUUUUUGUAGGUUCACAGUACGCCAAGGAUAUUUAUACUUAUGUGCGGAGAGCGAUUGAUGCAAGUGUAAGAUGGUUCUUAAAUUUAUAUCACACUAUAUAUAUAUGCACUCUUCAAAUCUUGCGCGAUAAGUUAUUUUUAUUUUCUUUCUUGCUUUCUUUCUAUGUUUAAUUUAAAAACCUUUUUCUCUAAAGGUCGAGUAUUCAAGAUACGAAGUACCACGUGGUGAGCAAGUUAGCGAAUGUUUUGAAAGAUAUUUAUUUUUAUAUCUGUGCUUGUAUGCCUUUUGGGGUAAUUUUUGAUCGCCGUUAAUAACGGGUAUAAAUGAACAAGCUUUCGUUGGUAGGGAUGCAACUACCUGAAAAAUAUAAGGAGAAUUUCGACGUUUCGAGCGAAGCCCUUCGUAUGGAGUUACUAGUCAAAAGUAACUACUGUCAAAAGUCACUAGUGAGUCCAAACGAAGGGCCUUCGCUCGAAACGUCGAAAUUCUCCUUAUAUUUUUCAGGCAGUUGCAUCCCCACCAAUGAAAGCUCGUUCAUUUGAUUGGCACGACCUACAUUUCAAAGACAGUUCAAGGGAUAAUAAAUAGUAACGGGUAUAGUCAUUUUAUUAUCAAAUUUAUUUUCUAGCUGGACUGAACUUUCUGGCCAGACAUGCUGCACAAUAUAAGGAAUAUUUGACGAGAGAUUAUGAAGUAAGUGACGAUUAUUCAAUUUUUCUAGGUUUAAAUUUCUCUUGGUAUCCAAACGAGCACGUGAGUCCUUGUUCGACGUAAAUACGCACAAGUUGUAACAAACAUCCAACAACUUGUGAAUAGGAUGUAUUCUCACUGCUUGCUCCCAGCUUGAUGCAAAGUUCUCAAAAGCUUGUUGACAACUUGCUACAAGAUUGCUGAGCUCAACAGACUGGUUACAAGUUGUUCCAAUCUUGUUGACAAGUUGCGAGAUUUUUACGUGUGUUCCUAAGUGUAACUGAUGAGCCACUUCUAAAAAGCAGUAGAAUUGGAUUUAGCCAUUUUCAUUUUAUGGUGUUUUUUACUAUGUUUUAUUACCAGGCCGUAUAUGAGACGUUGGUGUCUUGGUGCAAGCGAAAUAACAAGGAGACUCGAGCAAACGCUUUUGCCGCCUUGGAAGCUUUCUUAAAGCAAGUAUGUGAGAAAGAGUUUGACAUGCUGCCCGGAUUGGCGGGUAUUUACAUAGUAUGCAUCUCUUUUUGAAAGGUUGCAGAAUGUCUUGUCAGUCGAGGAAGUGAGGUUACCGUUCAUGAUCGGGAAAUAUUUAAGGUAUAAAAGAUAAUUUAAAAUAUGAAAAUAGAAUUUUAUGCAUUAUUUCAUGACUGAUUCCAAGCUUUCUUCCCUAAGUAAACUAAUCCCAAUCCCAAUAUAAUGGUUGUAGUGUAUUUGUAACCGUUAUAUUUUAUUAGUAUUUUAUCAAAGAAUUUCAAAGGGUCAUCAAUUCCAAUGACAGCAUCACGAGAGACAUUUCAAUUGCCAUCAGAGGCUAUGGUUAUUUCGCAAAGGUAAGACUACGGGACGUCUUUUUUACUAAGACGACAUCACUGGACGAUGAAAAAUGUGCAUUUUAUUCUUUUAGCCUUGCAAAUUAUUUCUGAAAGAUGAAGAUAUUAAGUUUAUGUUCACGACGAUGAUCCAGAUGAGCGAACAGAUGU